AGAUGAAUCUCUUUUAGUUGGCUUUAGCAACGAACUCGCUUAGGUAGUCAGUCUCUAUUCCUUGAUGUUUAUGCAACGGUGGAAGUGCAUUCCUAUUGUAUUAAGUUAUUUUUUGGAAUCCAACUGGUUAAAGGACUGACAAAAGACAUGCCCCCUCUACUUCAAAUUUUGGGGGUCUGCCUCUUAGCCUGUGCUUGGGCACAGAACAGCAACAGCAGGCUGGGGGUGGUGGUGGAGACCAAGAACCUGACCGUGCCGGCAGGCUCCCAGGCCGUCCUGCCUUGCCACAGCCCCCGCAUGAUCUGGACCCGUGACCGCCUCAAGGACCGCCAAAGGGUGGUCCACUGGGACCUGGUUCGCACAACACCAGAUUACUCUGUGGAGCGGAUCCUGGACAUGUCUCCCGGUGCCAACGAGAGGGUCUACAACGGCUUCAAUAAAGGCCGCAUAACCAUCCCCAAGUCAGCCUUUAGUGAUGGGAACUUCUCCCUGAUCAUUAACAAUGUGGGAACAACUGAUCGAGGUGUUUAUACAUGUAACCUGCAUCAUCACUACUGUCAGAUCCACCAGUCUAUUCAAAUACAGCUCAACGUUACCAAAUCAGCCCGUAAGGAGAAGCGCUUCUGGGAUGGAGAGAAGUCAGUGUUUGUGGUGCUGGUUGGCAACUCGGUGGUGCUGCCUUGUGUCAACCGGCGCCCACUAUGGAGGGAGGGGCUCCAGGAAGACCAGCAGCAGGUGGCACAUUGGGACUUCCAGCCCCCAGGGGUGCGUCCUGAUGGGGCAGACCGCCUGGUGGACCUCUAUGCCUCUGGGGAGAAGCGCGAGUACGGAGCGCUGUUCCCCCGGAACAAGAUGAGUGUGGCGGAAGACGCCUUCUCCGUGGGGGACUUCUCCCUGACCAUCUCUGACUUGCUGCCUGUUGAUAAAGGCCUAUACUCCUGCCACCUACACCACCACUACUGCGGCCUGCAGGAGAGACGCAUCUUCAGGUUGAAUGUGGGGCCGCCUCUGCCCGCCCUACUGCCACCUGUCAUCACCACACCCCCCCAUGCACUCCCCAACAAUGAGCCUAGCAAUAAUGGUCAUGAAGAGGUGGCGAGACCUCAGGUGGUCAACGUCAUCCUCCCUGAGCCCCGAGGUCACUUCCUCCAGCAGCUGGGCUACAUCCUGGCAACCUUCUUACUCCUGGCCUUUAUCGUCACAGCUGUGAUCGUGCUCACUCGACGACGCAGAAAGAGAGGUACUGUGUGGCUGGAGUAUGACCUUCGCAGGUCUGAACGGGGUCAGAUGACCAGUGGAGGUGACAUAUCAUUGGACACUGCCGAACAGAAGACUUGCAAUCAGGAACCUCUGAAUUCAGAUUACAAAAACAACUUACUGAAGGAGAGAGACCAAAUUUCUAAAGACUGCAACAAAAACAUGGAUGAAAAGUUGUGGAAGUGAGUGUGGAGGUAAGUUGCCACUGGCCGGUCCAGGGCAGAUUAAGGAAGGGGAAGAGUGAUUUAAAACCGAAGAAGAAAUGUUGACGAUGACAGAAGAGAUGAUGUCUCUUUGAUGAUGUACUAUCACUUUUCUAUCAAGUUUCUUUUUUUUAUUUUUUAAUCAAUUUUUUUCUGUAUUUGUUUUCUGAUCUGCUGUUACUUCAACAUGGCUAAGAAUUUAUGGGAUCUGUUAAUCCGUUAAAGUUCUGUAAUAAUUCUGUCAAUCAGGUAUUUUCUGUGAACAUCAAUCAUUUACUCUACUGGGACACUACCCCUCUUUUAUGCAGAACAACAAUUUGAUCACUGUAUGACUUCCUUUUCUAUUACUGUAUUGCUUCCUUUCAGCGUUGAAUCAGAUAUAUCAAGCUCAAAACUCAUUCACUAUGUUUAUUGAAAUAUGUUCUCAUUUACAUUUUGCACAAACCUUGCUGUAAUGAACAAUUGACCUUCACUAUAAUUGAUUAAUGAAUUAAGAUCAUGGACCAUGUAUAUAGGCUGACUAAACUCAGGAAAUAAAGCCUUGUAAGGAAUCCAUU